AUGCCGUACCGUUCAUCGUCUUCGCCAGCAGACAUCGGGCUGUCCAAGUCCGAGUACGAGGAUGCCGUCAACUUGGAGAAGUUGUAUUUUCUCGUCAACAAAAGCGACCGGUGCGCGAACUGCGGCCGCGGGGGUGUCUCGGCGGUUGACGUCUCGAGGUACGAGUUCCUCUGUUCGAGUUGCUGCGCCGGAAAAAGCUCGGUGAAGAGGAUCGGCGAAGACCGAUUCUCUUCUUUUGAAGUCAACAAGCUUUACGCGCGGUUCGACAGGUCCAACGCGCAUCGAGGCCGCUCGUCAACUUCUUUCUCCCGAAGCGGAACUUCCGGAAGCGGCGGCGCGCGCAGGAGCGACCGCCGCGUGGAGAGGCGCAGCGGCCACCGGCCGCCUGUCCCGGACCUCUCCGAAGGAAGCGAAUCCGACUCUGGAGAUGAUUCUCCUCUGCCUCCACGGCGCAGUCGCUCGAUGCCCCGGGCGUCGGGGAGGUCUCCUCGGCAGUAUCGCAGCUCGUCGCAUCGCGGCGAUCCCUUCGAUACCUUCGAAGUCGCUAGCAACGCGAGUUGGGGCGGUCAGGGCGGCAACCAGGGGGACACCCAGGCGGCGUCUUGGGGCGCGGGGUUUCCGUCCAGUGCGGGGGUUGCCGCGCGCGCGCACCCGCAGGUCGGCGGAGGCAUGGGGACUUCCCCGGCAGGCAUGCUGGGUCUGACGCCGUCGCCGGCGCAAGCGCCGUUCGGCCAGAGUUUCCAGUUUCCAGGCAUGGUCGGCAUGGGGAGUCCGGUCUUCCUGGGGGCGUCGCAGGGCGCGCCGAGUUCGCAGGCGUGGGUAGGACAGCCGUUCCUCACUCCCCAGCAAUACCAGCAGGCGAUGAUGCGUCAGUUUGCUGGCUCGACGGGGCCUGCGGGGCGAGACGGCAGCGCGUUCCCCGGGUCCAUGCCGGUCCCCCAGCCCCCAAACAUGGUGGGACAGACUCCUAACUUCAUGCCUGGCGCCGCAGGCGCCGGCGGGCUGCGCGCCGCCUCCCCGCUGUCGUUCCCCGGGACUGCGACGCAGCAGCCAGGACAGCGAGGCAUGAACCCGUUCCUCGCCAUGGGGACAGCCCCGCAGCCGGUCGGCCAGCCGGCGCCUUCGCCCUUCGCCUCGUGCCUCCCCGGGAUGGGAGGCGCGACGAUGAAUCCUUUCCUGUCUGUGCAGAAACCCGCGACUGGGGGCGGCGGCUUCGCAGACGCAGGCGUGUUCGGAGCGAGCGGCCUCGGGUUCGCGCCGCAACAGCCGCCGCAUAUGCGCCCUCCCGCAGGCGGAAUGAUGAGCCUGGGAUCUGGAACGCCUGGAGGAACCCCGAACCCGUUCACCAGCAUGGGCAUGGCAGCGCCGCAACGACCGAUGACCCUUACGAACGCCGCGAGACCCGGAGGCGGCGCGGGAGGGAACCCGUACAACACGUCUUUAUGGUAA